UUGAUUUCUAGCACACCACAUACAUGUGUGUUGUUCUACAGUGCGAGUUUCAUACAACAUACAAUCACACUAUGAACUUAACUUACUUAGGAACUGGUUUACUCUGGAUAUAUGGCAUUCCUCUGCAGUGCGUUUUUUUUAAAUAUUUUUCCAUGAAAGCAUUAACUAUGGAAUUGAGAAUGAAUGAGCGAAUGAGCUUUCUAGCUCAGUUUCCCGCCACUAUACCACCUAAGUAAAUAUUAGGAACGAUCUUCGCUCGUGUGAUUCCUCCGGUCUUGCAAGAGAGAAUAGAUGGUGGUAUUCACUAAUCUUCACGUGACACACUUGUUUAAAUAAACAAAAAAUGUUUGUCCCUUCAGAAGGUAAGUAACAUCAUACCGGUAGAACAGACUAUAUUUUGCAUAGUAGUAGACUGAGAGAAAACCCAUCACAUUGCAGGAUGCCCGUCAAACACCCUGAGUCAAAAAAUUAUGCCUUUUUUUGAAGAUUGUGAAAUUUUAAUUUUAUUUUCUCUUUUUAGUCCCCCAAAUAAUAAAGAAAAGGAAUCUAGACAGUUUACUACAAAAAUUUUGCAGAAAGGUACAAAACUUAAUGAGAAUGAAAUGCCCCCAACAGUAAACCUACCUUCACCAGCUUUGCAUAUUGACAAAGACAAUCUUCCAAAAUUUUCAUUUGAAAUUCCAAAAAGAUGUGUUCCAAGUUCAGACAAACUUAUAUCAACAACAAAUGACACAAGUUCAACUACAGUACGUACAGAAGUGAAUUUAAAAACAUCUCCACAGAAAGAUGAAAGUACUACUUUUACGUUUUCAAAUCCAGUGAAAUUAUCUUAUGAAGUAGAUAUAAACUACAACAAAAACCAGUUUAGCUUUAGAAGUUCUGAAAAAAGUGUAGAAGAAAAAAACACUUAUGUAAAUAAAAGUAGUAAAUCGAGUGAUGUUAAUACAACAAAGCUACAAGAGAAAAUAAAAAGUGUCUCAGGUGAUGGAAAUUGGAAAUGUAAUGAUUGUUGGGUUUCCAACAAGUGUGAGGCAGAAAAAUGUGUUUGUUGCGGCGGCAAAAAUAUUUUGCAAAUUGAAAAUAUCAAAAAAUGUUCAAACUGUAAUGAAAGAAUGGUAAAUCAGUCACAGAAAUGUUUAAAUUGUGAUAGGAAAUCUGAUUCUGCCAAUGAUUUGCACAAAACAUCUAAGUCAAAUUCACCGGAAUGGAAAUGUAAUGAUUGUUGGGUUUCCAACAAGUAUGAUGCAUUAAAAUGUGUUUGUUGCGGUGGCCAAAAUACUUUGCAGAUUAAAAAAUGCUCAAGCUGUUAUGCAAAAUUAGGAAAUGAUUCUGAGAAAUGUGUAAAUUGCAAUAGAAAAUCUGAUGCAAUUAAUGUGAAUGUUACAUCUAAAUCAAAUUCAACAGAAUGGAAAUGUAAUGAUUGUUGGGUAUCCAAUAAGGAUAUAUCAAUGAUGUGUGUGUGUUGUGGUGCCAAGAAGCCAGAAAAUAAAGUCGCAGAGUUGUUAAAAUCGCAAUCAAAGGGAUGGGACUGUAAAGUAUGUUUAAUUGUCAAUAAAAUUGAAGACGAAAAAUGUAUUGCUUGUUCUUCGCCAAAGUCUAGUAAUGUGACAGCAAAUGAAGAGUCAAAUAAAAACAAAGAACUUCACAACCCUCCUGGUACUGAAGAUGUCUUUAAGAAUAUUGUUAAACAACGAGCAAAUAAAUGGGAGUGUCCUGGAUGCCUGGUGCAAAAUGAACUAAAUGUAAAUAAAUGUGUAUGUUGUGAAGCAAAGAGGCCUGGUACAGUAAAAGAACCAAUAGUAAGUUUUAAUUUUGGGCAUUCUGCAGGGACACAAUUUAAAUUUGGUAUCGACCCAAACAAACUAACAGCUGAAAAAGAGAAACUUUCCUCUGAGAAAAAGAAAGAUUCAAAGGAAAAUAGCAAUAAUAUCUUAACUACUACCACAUCAUUCAAGUUUGGAAUUCCUAUUCAGAAAACAAAUGAUAGUACUAAAAUUGAGAACAAAACAGACACUGAGAAACCAACAUUCAAAUUUGGAAUUAUUCCAGAAAACAUAUUAAAAACAAAAACAACUAAUGUCAAACAAGCUCCAGAAAAAGAACUCCAGCCAACAUUUAAUAAUGAUUCAGAUAAAAACCCAAAAGCGCAAGAAGUCCCGAAUAUUGAUAGCACUACGAAACAAUCGCCUCAGAUAACACAAGAAAAUACCAAAUUUGUUAAACAGCCUGCUGAAGGAAACCCACAAGGAUUUACACUGUUGCCUCAACCUCCUGUCCAAACACAAAACACAGGUCCAACUGGUAGCAGUAAUGCUCCCGCAAAUUCUUUGAAUACUAACACAAAUAUGUUUGUACCAUCAAAAAGUUUGCCGCUUACAGAAAUAUCCUUUAAGCCCAACGUAACUUCCAGUUCAAUGGCUCCACUUCAAAAAACUAACCCACAAGCUGAUAUGAAUUUGCCACCAUUUGGCAGUACAGAGUCAAGAAACAGUAUAGCCCCCAUGCCACCUACAGUAACUUCUGUAUUUUGUAAAGUAGAAUCUGAAAGUAAAUCUGUGCCAUCGACAACAUCAUUAUUUUCUAAAAACGAAGCUCCAAACGCGCCCUCAACUACAUCUAUAUUUCAAGCACCCAACACAAAUACAGCUUCACUUCCGAUGUUUUCUUCUGCGACAACAACAGUUGCUACCAAUGCUUGGUUUAAAGAGGGAUCUACUCCCAUUACUACUCCUGCUCCAACUCCCGUAUUCAGUUUUAGUAAUAAUGCCCCAAAUACAGCAACCGAAACACCAAAAUUCAAUUUUACCUUUGGAGCUGCAAAAAAAAGUGAAGAAUCUAGUUUAUUUGCUAAUACUUUUAGUGGAUCAAGUAAUAUUAACAAUACGAAUAUGUUUGGUUUGGGCUCAGAUGUAGGUAAGAACAAUAUGCCAGCGCCAAAUCCUAUAAGUGGCAAUGGAUUAUUGGGCAAUAGUGUUUUAGGUGGUAAUGUCUUAUCGGGAACACCAGAUAAUGCAAACGUACCAAAUAAUUCGGGAGCAUCAAUAUUUGGAAAACCAGCAGAUAAUGUUGCAAAUAUGUGGCCACAAAAUAAUCAAUCAUCAAAUAUAUUUUCAACUGUUGCCUCUACAAAUACAAUCCAAAAGCCAGCUGCUUUCACAUUUGGUGCAAGCAACACCUUUAAUUCCACUUUUGGCUCGAGUGGAAACAACAGUGUUGGGGCAUUUGGUAGCAGUGCACCACAACAGCAAAACAUAUUUGGCAUUUCAAACUCUAAUGGAAAUAAUGCACCUUCACCGUUUUCUUCACAACAACCUUCAACAGAGCCGACAGCUACUGGAUUGUUCGGUCAACCAAAUGUGGGUGCUUCGCCAUUUGGAGCACCGACACAAACUGUUCCAGCUUUCGUGGCAAACCCCACAGCCACUCCAGCGUUCAAUUUUGGUUCUCAGCAGCCAAUUAAUGUCAUUGGAUUAGGCCAGGUAUGUACAUAAUACAAUCACAUCUCUUACUGUUAAUACUGAAUUGUGUGUUUUUUAAUAAUGUUAUUAAGAUCGUCAUUCAAUAAUUUAAUUUUCAACACAAACGCUCGUAAAUUGAGCCUUAUUACAUUGCUCUUGUUUUGCCUUCAAACGAGGCAUCCUCAGGUGAUGUUGCCUCGCCGGAUACUGGCACGAGACUCAAACGAGACAAGACUCUAGUCUCGGCAAAACACAUAUAGAAUUGAUUAAAGACAAAUCUCAGCGGAAUUAUACUCAAGAAAACUCACAACAAUUGGAUGAUUUUGAUUUGAUUUAUUAAUGAGUUUGACAUGCACGUUAGGUCUGAGGCACACUAUUUCGAAUGGGUUUUAGAAGUAGUUUUUGAUGUUCAAUAAGUGAUUUAACAUCCUAUUUUGAUUUAAAAUAUUUGAAAAUCAAUUGAAUUAAGCUUAAUUUUGCAGAAAUUCAUAAGUAAUGGUUGACACCAUUUUUUAUUGAGUGUAAAUUCCGCUAACUUGUGUCUUUAACUAUAACG